AUGCAUCCAUCUAUGCCAAUCUGCGGCGCCGUCCCAUCGCUUGCCACCACACUUCUUCCUGGCGCAGAGUCCGGCGAGAGCGGGGUAGAUGACGAUGCAGCCCUUGAAGGCUACAAACUGUGGGUCGUGGCCAUCGGUGUUUGUUUCGGCGCUCUUAUGAUGUCGCUCGACAUCUCGAUCAUCGGAACUGCUCUCCCAUCCAUCAUGUCCGAAUUUGGUGACUCUACAAACCUCGCUUGGUACCCGGCGGCUUUCACGCUGGCGACAUGCGCGUUAACACCCGUCGCGGGUAAGAUGGCAUCCGUGUUCCCGCUCGACCUCGUUUACAGCUCCUUUACCUUUGUUUUCCUUGUCGGAAGCAUCAUUUGCGGCUGCGCGCCUGUGAGCAGUGCCCUUCAUCGCCGCAAUGGGCUCACGAUCCUUGUUACAAUCGCGCCAGUUACGAAGAAACCAAUCUUCAUGGGACUUGGCGCUGCAUGCUUCGGGGUCGGACUUGUCUUUGCUCCAUUGCUAGGUGGAGCGUUUACGGAUCGCCUGACAUGGCGAUGGUGCUUCUGGAUCAACAUCCCAUUCAAUGUCAUCACCCUGGCUGUCAUCUCCUUUUUCUUCCGACCCAAGAGGGGACGUGGCGGUGGCGUCAGCGGGCGAAUCCAAAGCCUGGAUCUCAGCGGGUGCUUUAUCUUCGUCCCAGCCAUCUUCAUGUUCUUGCUCGCAAUGCAGACUGGAGGUGAGGACGGCGUUUGGAACUCCGCCACUGUCAUUGGACUCUUCGUCGGCGCAGGUGUGACGCUGCUGCUGUUUGUGGCUUGGGAAUGGCGCCAAGGGACCCAGGCGAUGAUACCCGGCAAGGUGGUACUGAGGAGGACAGUCGUGUUUACCUGCCUCUUUGCAUUCACCCACAUGGGCGCCCUGACCAUUGCGUCCUACUACCUUCCUGCCUGGUUCCAGGUCGUUCAAGGGGUCGGUCCCUUGGACAGCGGCGUCCGUAUGCUACCAACUGUCAUCACACAGAUUGUUGCGACCAUGGCAGCCAGCGGUCUUGCAAUGAGGAUCAGGUAUUACAACCCCUGGUUUUUCGUUGCGCCCAUCUUCAUGUGCACCUCCAGUGUAUUGUACACCACGUUCACCACGUUCGGAACUCCCGCGAGCCACUGGAUAGGCUACCAGGUUAUCCAGGGCUUUGGCGCCGGCUUCGGGAUGCAAAUGAGUUCCCUUUGUGUUCAAGUCGAGCUCAAGGACAUGCCCGACCUUGUGCCUAUUGGCAUUGCGCUCGUCAUGUUUAUGCAGUAUCUCGGCGCCACGGUUCUCCAGGUCAUUGCGGGCACAGUCUUCAACAGCGAGCUUAUCUCACGACUAGAGGAGACCGAACUUACGCACUCCCAGAUGACUGCACUUCUCGGUGCAGGAUUAAAAGGUAUGCGAAUUGUGGUCGAGAAGAACUUCCCAGACUUGUUGAGCUCGGUCCUGGAGGCAUACAAUGGAGCAAUAACCAGGGUUUUUUUUGUCGCUGUUGGCGGAGCGGCUCUGGGAUUCUUCUUUGCGUUUGGCAUUAAAGCCAAACCAGAACCCCCUAUCGCAGCCGACUCCACUGCUUAA